AUGUCUCUCAUAAUAGGCGUCAGCGGAGCUUCGAGUUCUGGGAAAACCACUGUGGCUAAGACUUUACGUGGCCUGUUUCCAAACUCUAUACUGCUACACGAAGAUGACUUCUACUACCCAGAUGAGCAGAUUCCAUUCAAUGAAGAAUUGCAAGAAUAUGACUGGGACUGCCCUGAGGCAGUCAAUUUUGAAAAACUGAAAGAUGCAUUGAGGAAUUUCAAACGAGACCCAAAUUUUCAGUUUACCGAGUCGUCCAAAGAGUCUGUCGACGUCUCCAUCAGACUUGAUCCCCAAAUUGAGCAAAAGAUCAAGGAAACCGUUGGACACUUGAGCCUCCCCCGGAUAGUAUUCAUAGAUGGGUUUUUGUUGUAUCAUGAUAGGGAGAUCCUCGACCUUCUAGACGUUUGUCUGUUCUAUAAGACAGACUACGAUACUCUCAAGAAUAGACGUCAAAGCAGACAAUACACUAUAGACAAUGGCAUAUGGACAGAUCCUCCUGGGUAUUUUGAAAAGAUCGUUUGGCCACAAUACUACAAAAACCAUACACAUUUGUUUGAAAAUGCAUACCAUAACGAACAACAGCUAAAAGAGAACACUGCCAAGAUCGUUGAGCCACGCAUUGUUGCUUUCGAUAAUGACAAUAGCACAGAUUUCAAUCAAUUGAUUCUGCAAACAGCCAGGAUGAUAUGUAGGGGUUUAUCUCUUUGA